UCCAGGACUGGUGGUUUGGGGAGGGAGAGGGGAGUGAGACCUAUUGCGGGGCGCCGAGGGCGUUGGAGGGACUUGGGGCAGUGUCGGACACAGCGGGGCAAAGGGGCAGCGCCCGGCAGAGACCGAGAAAGCCCGGGGGAGCGGUCCCGAAGCCGCGGCGAUGGCAGAUUUCAAUAUCGACCAGAGCAGCCUCCCCACCGUCAACACAGUGUGCCGGGAGUUUGCAGUUCGGGAAGAUCAUAGUCUGGCCCACAAUCUUCAGGAGCAGGAAAUUGAGCAUCAUUUGGCUUCCAAUGUACAAAGAAACCGUUUGGUACAGAAUGACCUGCAAAUGGCCAAGAAGCUGCAAGAGGAGGAGAAUAAGAAAGCCCAGAUUCGCCUUCAGAAACAGCAGCGAGAGAUGGAACGUUGGGACAAUCAGAUGGCUCAAGUGAUUCAGGAUGAACUGACACUGGAAAGUGAGAAAAGGCGACGCCAGGAGGAGAAAGAUGAGGCUAUUGCUCGUAAACUCCAGGAGAAGGAGGAAAAGUUGAGACGGAAAUAUCAACAUGAAAACAUAGGCCGCGAACAAUUUAAUGUUGGCUUUGAAGAAAAUGGAGAUCAUAUGAAAAGCAGAGUGCGCAAGCAUGAUAGAAACAGCAGGCAUGGAAGUGAUUCUCAUAGAAAUAGAGAUUUCAGGUACAAAAGAGACAGUCACCUGAAGUCACCAGUAGAAUCAAGCUCAAAAUCUAAAGUUGAUGACUGGGUCAUGAAGCCAACCAUGCAAAGCCCCAAAGAGAAGUCCCAUUGUUCAAAAACUGUGUGGAAUGGUGAUUAUCUGGAUGUUGGUCAUCGAAAGCUUGAUAACCGUCCUAACAAGAAGAAGGCGCCAAGGAGACCACCGCCCCCUGUCCUGAACUCAUCCAAUGAGGCAGCUUCCAACUACUAUAGUCAGGGUGCACGGCCAAAGGUCUUUGCAGUUCAGGAUGAAUACUGUGACUUGCGUGAACGUAAUGCUUGCUGCCAGAAGGCCACUGAUAAAACUCCUCAUGACUGCAGCCUUGAGACUGUUGGGGCUCGUGCCCCUAGUCCUGAGGAGCUCCUGGAAAGAGAACACGAAAUGGGUGAAGACAACGAGAUGUCGAUGAAGGAAAUGCGACGAGCAGCACGUUCACAAUCACCUGACCUUCAGGCAGAGAGCAAUCACUACAACCAGGAAAAAGGACCGAAUCCACGAAUAGAUUAUGCCAUGAAGGAAGCAAUUCACGGUAUUUCAAAGAUGAGUGCCAAAGAUUUGGAGUGGAAAGAUGCUGAACUAGCACGGAAACUUCAAGAGGAAGAGAUUAUGGCUAUCCAAAAUUCCAAGAGAGGGGCUCAGAUGGCACAAGAUGAGGAGAUUGCCCGGUUACUAAUGGAGGAAGAGAAGAAGCACUCCCAUAGAAAAUCCAAGGAGAAAGAUUCUACACGGAGAGGAGAGGAAGACAGAAGGAAGGGUUCAUCAGAACACAGGAGGCAUGAUCAGGACAAAAAGCAGGAGGUCAAUGAGCACUUCAGGCCCAAGCCUCGGGAUGGAUCAGAACAACUGACAGGGAAGUCUGAAAGACCCGUAAGCAGGUCCCCUACAUACCAAGAGGAGUCAACCCCACAGCGCCCUCCUCGCUCUGCCUCCAGGCCUUCGGAAUCAUCACAGCAAGUUUCUUAUUACAGACAGUGACUGGAAGAUUGGAGCAGACCUGAAAUGAAGAAGAUCAAAGUUUCACCUGUUUCUAUUCUGUGUGGAUUAGUCUGAAGGUUACUGAAAGAGUUUCACCCAGUGCUUCCCUCAGACCUGGUUAUGUGGGGUAAAGAACUACUAGAUGUUUUCAUGUUUGGUGGUGGAUUUUGUGAGUUACAUACCAGUACCACCCUGGUCUUGUUUAGGGUAUAAAAUCUUUAUUGUUGAUCCUGUUGCACAAAUAACCGAAGGGAUGAUAAUUUUUAAUUUUUCUUAACAAGAAUUAACAAGAAUGUUAAGUUGUAUUAACUUUUUAUUAUAAAUAUAACUGUUUUUAACUCAGGCUUUCACUGCAUUCUAAACAGCCAUGCUCAACAAAUUGAAUAGCUUGCAGUUGCAGCAAAACUUUAACUGUAUGGUGGAAUUUUGUGAUUUCUUUCUUAUUCUCUCUUCUUUAUGACCUUUCCUGGUUUAAGUUUAUUUAUUGACUGUGGCCACAAUGUUUAUUGGACAAAUACAAUUUGUCUUAUAGUACUAUUAAUAACUUGUUUUUGAUGGAACCCGGAGGUGUCCCUUGUGUGGCUGGUGAGAAUUAUUUGUAGUUAGGGAUAGAUGAGUAAUGUUGAAACAAACUAAGUUCCACCAAGCACACUGCCCAGCACAAGAACUUGCAGGUGUUUGGAAAAAUUGCUGCAUAUGUGUCCUUUCCAUUUUGAUAGAUCUUGAUCCUACUUACAAGCUAAUUUGCCACUGUGUAUCUCUGUUCCUCUUUUAAGAAAUGCAUAUAAUAGUCCUGAAACCUACAUGUAUUUUCAGUUUCACAUAUAUAAAAAUUCUGUCUCUGUGGGUACUUUCUGUUAACAGUUUUCCAUAUGAAUUCUUAUGACCAUGUUUUAUAAUAAAAAUUGCCCAUAUCAACUUGUCAUUACUUGAAUUACACCCUCUCACCAUAGGACACUUUACAGCACCACACAGGAGUUUGUUCUGACAAUGUAAAAAUAGGAACUGAAUUAUAUUGACUAAAUAUGGAACUGAAUCACACCUUCAUGCCAUGUUAUUGCCCUGUUUUACCUGAAAAUUGUUCUUGAUCUCAACUUCUGCCAUUCAAUGACUGCUGAAUCUGCCAAAAUGAAGCAUUUUUCAAAACAAAGUUUGAUUGUGGAUUUGCAACUCUUUCCAGAAGUGUAAUUCUAUUGAUCACUCUAAUGUGCAACAUCUUGGCUGAUUGGAAGAAUUCUAUUUUUCAGUUGAAUUUUCAAGUAUUGAAGAACCAUUUUUUGUAAGUUGCAAUUUUCAAUCUUUGUUAGAAGGUGUUUGUUUUCAACAGAUCUGGUUGCUGCAGGAUCAUAAGAAUCAGCUUGAGAUCAAAAGUGUGCAUGAAAAAUGCCAGUCAGUGAUUCACCACUGGCUGUUCUGUUGUUGCCUGUGUACCUAAAAUUGCAGGUAUAUGUUCAUAAAGCUGUAGUGUUUUGAGAUAAAGAACACUUAAUCCUAUUUGUUCUCCAACUCCAGCCAUCCCAACCACUUCCCCAACCCCACCAAAUAUUCCCAAAUCCCCUCUUUACGCAACCUUCCCUUUAAACAUUCUCUUAAUUAUCAAUCAACUGUUUGUUUAGAUGUGUAGGAGAUAGUUGAACAGCUUUCUUUUGUGACGUGUUUGUAGAUCAUGCUUGUAAGUUGAUUGAAUUUCACAGGAUCCACUAUUGUGUCCCUCAGAAUGAAGGUGCUUCUCUCCCCAGCCAGUGCUGCAUGCUGUAUAUGUGGGUGAAGCUAAUGUAAUUCACUGCAUGUCUGUGUUUAUGCUGCUUCUGCUUCAUGUAUGUUGAGCAACAGGGGUGAGCAGAAGUCUGAAACUGCCAACCUAUGAGGCCAAAGUUUUUUGAUGAGCUAAUGAAGCAGAAUGCCAUAUUUUUAACCCAAAAUGUUUUAAAUUAUUAACUGGUAAAAGAGAAAAGUCCUGUUAAAUAAUGAGAGAUGAUAAAUAUAGUGAAGGCUGGCAGUCUGCGAAGAAAAUAAAUCAGUGUCUCUGCCAGUUACUGAGACAAUCUGUGCAACAACAUUCAGUGCUCUAUUCUUCACUGUCUUUCUGAUGUCAAACGCCCAAAGUGCAUUGGUUCUUAUGAACACACAAUGUAAUUGUCAGACCAAUAGUAAUUUCUUUGUUUAUUCUUCCCCAAAUUAGUGGCAGUACAUCUCCCAAAUUCUCCAAGAAAGCAAAUUUCUUCUGCUUUGGGGAAGAUGCAGUGAGCAGAAGUGACUUGUACUGGAACUGCAUCAUUGAGGAAAUGCAUCAAGUCUAUGCAGUACUUCAGGGAUGCAGAAUGAUACCAUUGCACAUACAUUCAUUCAUUGAUGUAGGACAUUUAUUUGCCAGGUUUUAUCCACCUUGAAAAGUAAGUUACUCUGUGUUCUUAACUGUCCACAAUACUCUGACUUCGUGCAACAGAAGGCCAUGAGGGAGUCAUCACUUGAUUUCUUUUCCUCUAUAUUUCCAAAAGGCAUUUGGGAAUGGUCCCAAGGUUCCUGUACUUUGUGGAUAAAUCUUUGAUAGGCCUUAGCCCAUGUAUGAUCCUACAAGUUUAAACACCAGGGGCGUAAGAGUGGGUUGCAAUAGACAAUUUGUCACCACUGGCCGCUUUCUGCAAUGUUAGGAAACCUUGACUCAAAUUGGCUGCAAACCCAGUCUGUGACCAAAUCCAUCAUGCAGAUGUGAACUGACUAUCCCUCAUGAUCCUUUCCUCCGCUGGUACUGUGCUCUGCAGCUCUACCUGCCAUUGUAUUGCCUUGUUGGGAUCAGUGUCAACAUCUCUGUGUGCUCCCUACUGCUGUCCUGAGUUCUAUAUUUGUACCUUUCUGUACCCCUCUUACUGUCCUCCCAUGAGCCUGUGUUUCCCUAGCACCAUCCUUUCUGGAUUGCAUAUGUCACUGCCAUACUCUUGUGCCACCAUAGGACCUAUUCACAGACUGUUCCUUCCAUUCUAUUGGAAUCUGUCCACUUCAUCCCUGUUCUGUGUCGACUUCUACGUCACUGCCCCCUUGUCUUGAACUGUCAGGUUUCUGUAUCUGAUGCUUGUCUGAACCUCAAAUCCGCAAUGUCUAGUGAUCCCCUUGCAUUUUUUUAAAUUACAAUUUUUCUCCUUUUUUUAAGAACGUUUUUGUUUUAGGUGGCACUGUGCCUCAUGUAUCUCCUUGUGUUCAGUAACAAAUUUAUUAACCAUGCCAAAUUUCUGCCCAGCUCCAGCCUCCCUGUCAUCUCAUUCCUCACAGUCAAUCUUCGAUAGAUAAUUGCUUCCAUUAUCAGACACUGAUUCACUGUUCAAAGUGUGACUGUUUAUAGAAAAAUACACAGAUCAUUGUGUCGGCAAUAAUUCUCCAAGCAAUACAAAUCUGCCUUAUCUCAUAGAAAGAAACAUCAAAGUAGCCAAAUUUAACAGGCUUCACAAAAUUAAGUGAAAUGUUAAACUUUUUGCACUAACACAUUCUGGGGUUUCCAGUGACAGUUAAUCUUGACUUUGUCUAUUUAAUAAUUUUUAAGCCUAUAAAGUGUUGGUACUUCAAGGAGGUUCACCAAGAUGUUGCCUGGUAUGGAGGGCGCUAGCUAUGAAGAGAGGUUGAGUAGAUUAGGAUUAUUUACAUUAGAAAGACAGAGGUUGAGGGGGGACCUGAUUGAGGUCUACAAAAUCAUGACAGGUUUGGACAGGGUGGAAAGCAAAAGCUUUUUCCCAGAGUGGGGCACUCAAUUACUAGGGGUCACGAUUUCAAGGUUAGAGAGGAAAAGUUUAAGGGAGAUAUGCGUGGAAAGUUCUUUACACAGAGGGUGGUGGGUG